AUGUCGCUGCUAUGUGCGCGGGUGCUGCCGCUCUCGCAGCCUGCCAUCACGCAAGCGCUGCAGUCCACUGCGGGGUGGCGCAUGGAGGGCAACAUCAACAAGAGCGCGAUCUGCAAUGAUUUUGAGUUUCAAAACUUUAAGCAGGCGAUGGAUUUCAUGAAUGCUGUUGCUGCCGACUGUGAGACAGCAGGGCACCACCCAAGCUGGACGAACACGUACAAUAAGCUUCAUGUGCGACUCACCACACAUGACGCCGGGGAUCGUGUCACACAGAAAGACAUUGACUUAGCUCGGCGGAUGAAUGAUGUGUUUAAAGAGAUGUCACGUCCCAAGUGA